AUGGCGGAUGAAGGUCCAAAGUCUAUCUAUGACUUCACCGUCAAGGAUAUUGAAGGUAAAGAUGUGAGUUUGAGCCAAUUCAAAGGCAAAACUCUUUUGAUUGUAAACGUUGCCUCCAAAUGUGGUCUGACGGAUGCGAACUACAAGGAACUAAAUGUUCUGUACGAUAAAUACAAGGACCAAGGGUUGGAGAUAUUAGCGUUCCCAUGCAAUCAGUUCUUGGGACAAGAACCAGGAAACAAUGAAGAGAUCCAACAAGCUGUCUGCACAAGGUUCAAAGCUGAGUUCCCCAUCUUUGACAAGGUGGAUGUCAACGGGAAGAACACGGCACCGUUAUUCAAAUACUUAAAAGCAGAGAAAGGAGGUUUCCUUAUUGAUGCAAUCAAAUGGAACUUCACAAAGUUCUUGGUUUCUCCUGACGGCAGAGUCUCCCAGAGAUAUUCUCCUAGGACCUCUCCUCUUCAAUUCGAGAAAGACAUUCAAACUCUGUUGGGACAGGCUUCAUCUUGAUCACCAUCACAAGUUUCAAGAACCGUUUUAUCUGAAUUUUUGUUUAGUUCUUGAAAUCCCACAUUGUUUCAAACUCUUAAUCUCUGAAUCUGUGUUUUGAAUAAACAUGUUUUCUUUUGAUUGGUGACAGGUUGUUUCAUUGAUGAGUUAAUCAUGUUUAUCAUGUGACUCAUUAUAACGCUCAAACUUUAUAAAAUACAUGAUGUCGA